AUGGCAUUAACUACAAAUUGGCUUUUAUUUAUUUACCUAUUUUGCUAAUCAAUAUAAAGAUUAUCUAGCUAAUAUGUUGGGCAUGAUCACUGGAUGAUAGAUUCUCCUACCCAGCAAAACCAUAAUGUACAAUACAAUAUAUAUGAAAUAGGUCUGGAGGGAUAAGUCAUUUUGCAGAUUUCGUAAUUUUAAUAGUAGAGUCAAAAUAAUGGAGACAUUGAUAUUAGCUUUUUAAUAGAGUUUCCGUUGAAGAGUUUCAAACAUUCUGGCUUUUUUUCAAUUGAUAGACUUUUGACUUAAAAUUUAGAUGAAAACCUACUUCAAGCUGAAAAAGUAGAACUAGAGAGAAUAUAUAGUGAAGACUAUGUUUCUGGUUAAUCUUAUCAAGUUAAACUCUCUGUAAGAUCUAAUGGUUAUGAAAAUAUUUAUUUAAAAAUAUCCUCUAUUCAAUCAAAAAUUAAAAUAGAAUAAAUCUCACAUAUAACAAUAAACACAAAUGAUCUUACACAUAAAUUCAGAAAUUUAUAAACUACUUGCCCUGAUGGAUAAUAUCUUAGUGGUUCUUCAUGUUCAGAUUGUAACACUAACUGUCUGCAAUGUAAUGGUCCAAAAGCCAAUAAUUGCAUCCUUUGUGAUGUAACAAAACGUCUAGAUGAAAAAACUCCCGGCUAAUGCUAAUAAUGUAAAGGAACUUUAAAGUUUAGUGCAGGUGGUGUUGACAGAUGCUGCUAUACCUAUCCUGGUCCAAAUCCUUGUCCUAGUAAGAUCUGCACUUCCAAAAACAGAUGUCCUAAUUGUACUGGUAGUACAGAUACUUAUGAUGAAGAUAGUAGUAAAUGCAUAAAAAAAGAUGAUUGCUUAGGUUAACUUCUUGGUCCCAGUGGUGGUAGUCCAAAUAUGUAUGUUUGCGAGCCUUGCCCUACUGAUUAAUUGUGGUUUGUUACUCUCAAAAAAUGUUAAGCAGCUACAGAUUGCAAAGGAAAUAAUAGGGUUGUUGGUAAAUCGUGUAUGGCUUGUCCAGCUAAAUGCUCAUCUACCUGUGAAUUAGGUAGUGAUAAAUUAUCCCUUGUUUGUCCAGUCUCCUGUCCACCUGGGCAAUUUUUAAUGGAAGAUGAUUCUUGUGGACCUUCCUGCGAUGAAAAUAAUGGAUUCUAUAAAGUUCCAAGUUCCAUCAGAUGUAAUGCCUGCCACUCUGAUUGCUAAAGCUGUAAUGGUAAGAAUCAAACUGAUUGCACUGUAUGUAGAAAAAAAUAUAAUAAAAAUUCUUCCACAGGGAUUUGUGAAUGUGAUUCUUAGAACGGGUCAUUCUUAGAUGGUAGUGGAAUUUGUAUUGCAUGUAGUCCUAAUUGUCAAACUUGUAAUAAAGUUGGAUAAGAUUAGUGUUUGACUUGCAAGGCUAAAUAAUACAAAAAUGAAAAAGGAAUAUGUGGUGAUUGUGAUACUUCGAAUGGAUUCUAUUUAGAUAAAACUGAUUCUAUAUGUAAAAGUUGUGAUCCCACCUGUAAAACCUGUAACAAUAAUUAAAAAGAUUAAUGUUUAUCUUGCAAUUCACCUACAGCAUUCGUUUAUGAUGAUGGCUAGUGCAAAGAAGGAUGUGAUACUAAAAAUGGUUUCUAUUAAAAAAAUAACCAAUGCUUAGCAUGUGCCCCAACCUGCCUAUAAUGCACUUCAAACUCUGAAGCAAACUGUUAAGUUUGUAGAAAUAACUUUUAGAUGUAAUCUAAAAAAUGCACUUGCACAAAUGUAUCUGGAUAUUAUUUAGAUUUGUUAGAUGGCUAAUGUAAAACAUGUUAUUAGAAUUGUGAUUCUUGCUCUGGACCUAAAAAAUUUUAAUGCCUCACUUGUAAAUCUGACUAUUCACUCUUCCCAGACAAUACCUGCUAAUUCUGUGAUACUUCUAAUGGGUAUUUUACUGACAAAUCUAAUAUCUGUAUAAAAUGCCAUAGUAGCUGCUUAACAUGCAAUGGUCCUAAUGAAGAUAAUUGUCAAAGCUGUCCACUCGGUAAAGGAUUAAAUAAAGGAAAAUGUGAUACAGAUUGUGAUCAAGAAGAUGGAAAAUUCAUGAAUUCAGGUAAAUGCAGUGACUGUGCUUCAGGUUGUCGUAAAUGUAUUAAUAAUAGUAUGAGUGGUUGCAUAAGUUGUGUUGAUAAAAACACAAUUCCUAGUGGCACUAGCAAUAAAAGAAAAUGCAAUGGAUCAUAUACCCCUUCAAGUUGUUAAGCAUCAAAUGGUAUGUAUGUAGAUUUUAGUACUCCUAGUUCAAUUAGUUCCUCAACAGGUAGCUGCUAGUCUUGUUCAAAAGGAAAUUUAAUAUAACUAAUCUACACUCACCCUACAAAUUAAAUACCGACCUCUCUAUGCAUUCCAUGUCCUACCAAAAAUGGAUAUUAUUUAAAUAGUAGUAAUAAUUGCACCAAAUGUGAUGACUCGUGUUAAGAAUGUUAGGAUGACACUAAAAAAUGUUCAGUGUGCAAAAAUAAUCUCUUUUAAAUGCCUGAUAAAACUUGUGUUAAAGCUUGUCCUAAUUAAUACACUUUCACUAAAGAAGGCAACUGUGUUGAAUGCCCUAGUAAAUGUAAAUAAGGUUGUGAGGAAGAUUAAAGUUUCUAAAUUGUUUGUGCAGUGAAAUGCCCUGAUGGACAAUUUAUAUUUGAUGACGAUUCUUGUAAAAGUACAUGUGAUACAUUAAAUGGAUUCUAUACUCUUGCAGCUGCUAAUAGCUAAACAAGAUGUAAAGCUUGCCAUAGCAGUUGUAUAACAUGCAGUGGUUCUCAAGAAAAUGAAUGUAUUUCAUGCAAGAACGGAUUUUAAAUAGAUCCUGUUUCUAAAAAAUGUAUUUGUCCUUCUACUAAAUUUUUUAUGAAUCCAAGUGGAUAAUGCGUUGCUUGUCAUGCAUCUUGUAAUACAUGUAGUGAUAUUGGUGAAAAUAAUUGUUUGACUUGUGCAGAUACCUUAGAUAGGUAAGUUAAUGGUACUUGUGCGUUGUGUGAUAAGGAAAAUGGUUGGUUUUUAGAUUCCUCUUCAGUCUGUUAAAAAUGCCAUUAAUCUUGUUUAAAAUGUACUUCUCCAGAUGCUACAGCUUGCACGAAAUGCAAAACAGGAGAUUAUCUUUAUCCUGACUCAACAUGCAAGACAGGUUGCCCUGAGGUAGGCUUUUUUAAAUAAACAGUAAGUGGAAUAGAUAACUGUAAAGCAUGCGAUGAAUCUUGUAAUAAGUGCAGUGGCCCAAAAAAUAAUAAUUGUACUGAAUGCUCAAACGGUUUCUAAUUAAACUCAAACAAAUGUUAAUGUCCAUCUUCUGGAUUUUUUAUCAAAUAAGUUGAUGACAAAUAAACAUGUAUUGCAUGCCAUAGAUCAUGCAAUACCUGUAAUGGGGUCGGUAGAUUAGAGUGUCAAACUUGUGCCUCUGGUUAUGAUAAAUACCCUGAUAAUAGUUGCUAAUUCUGUGAUACCAAUAAUGGAUAUUUUUUGAAUAAGAAUGUCUGUACUAAAUGUGCAGAUACUUGUGCUACCUGCAGUAAUGCUACAGAUUGUAACUCGUGUUAUUAUGGAUUUGCGCUUAAAUCAGAUAAGACUUGCACAGAAUGUAAUACUGAAUAAGGAAAGUUUAUGUUAAAAGAUAAAUGUCAAGAUUGUGUAUCUGGUUGUAGAAAAUGUACAAAUAAUUAAAUUAAUUAAUGUACUCACUGUGAUGGUAAAUAUGUUAAAUAAGGAAAUAAAGCAAAUUUCUGCUCAGCAUAAUCUUGUGACUCUCCUAAAUAUAUUGAUGCAUCAAGUGGUAGUUGCUCAACCUGCUCUAAAGGAAGUGUAGUAAUUUAUGUUAAAAAAGAUGACUAAAAUUUAAGUGCUAACUGUGUAAAAUGUCCUACAAGAAGUGGAUAUUAUCUAGAUUCUAGUAAUAAUUGUCAAUAAUGCUCAGUAAGCGAUUGCUAAGAAUGCGAUGCUAAUGAUAAAUGCAUUAUUUGCGCAAGCCCAAAAAGUUUAAAGCCAGAUGGAACAUGUUCUGAAUCAUGUGGAGACGGUUUUGUAUCAAAUGAUGAAAGAGUUUGCAUUCCAUGUAUUGAAAACUGUAAAACCUGCUCAUUUUCUAUUUCUACUAACAAUCCUAUUACCACAUGUUCAGAAUGUAAAGAUACUUUUACUCUGUUAAAAGAUGGAACUUGCUCAAAUUGCGAUACUAAAAAUGGUAAAUAUCUUGACUCUAACUAAAUUUGCUAAAAUUGUCAUGCCACUUGUUAAACAUGCUCCGAUGAUAAAGAAAUAAGUUGCCUUACUUGUACAAAAAAUCUAUUUAAAUAUUAAGGAAAAUGUGUUCCUUGUACAGAUACAGGAUUUUCUUAAGUUGGAACUGAUUGCAUAAAAUGUGAUACAAGCUGCAAGACUUGUUCUGAUAGUACAGAUAAAGGCUGUAUUAUUUGUGCAGAUGGUCUUACGAAAUUUGAAGAUAAUACUUGUAAAAAGUGUCCUGAUGUUGGUUACUAUGUAGAUAAUUCUGUAGAAAAUGGAGUUUGUAAAUAAUGUAAUCCAAAUUGUGUGAAAUGUAUUGAUAAUCCUACAAAUUGUACUGAGUGUGACCAUAAAAAUAAUAUCUAUUUAUUUAAAAACAAAACAUGUGGUAAUUGUGAUGUAAGUAAUGGAUUCUUUAUUGCUAACAGCAAUACAGAAUGCUAAGAAUGUGAUAAUUCUUGUUAAACUUGCAAUUCAUCAGAGAAUACAGCAUGUUCUAAAUGCAAACAUGAUAAGAAAAUAGAUUUAAAUAACCUAUGUAAUGUCUGCGAUAUAAAUAAUGGAUUUUAUAUUGAUGGAGAACAUUGUAAAGCUUGUCAUAGCUCUUGUAAAACAUGUAAAAAUGGAGGUAACAUAGAUGGCUGUAUUCUUUGUAAGGAUGGCUUGUACAUGCACCCUAAUUUAGAAUGUAAGGAAUGUCAUGAAGCAGAUGGUGUAUUUGUGAAUGCUGCUAAUAAUAAUAUUUGUACUAAUUGUAAUGAUAAUUGUAAAACUUGCUUUGGUGAUUAAUCUAACAAUUGUAAGAGUUGUAAAGGUAGUUUAGUUUUGAUGGAAGAUAACACUUGUGGUAAUUGUGACACUGAAAAUGGUCAUUUCUUGAAAGAUAAUGUGUGUUAUAAAUGUGAUGAUUCUUGUAAGACUUGUAGUGGAAAAGAUAAAUCAUAAUGUAUAAUAUGUGCUGAUGGAUUGCAUAAGAAUUCUACCACUGAUUUAUGUGAAGGCUGUAACCUAACUCUAAAUAAAUAUAUCGAUCCAAGUGACAAUAAGUGCUAUGAUUGCGAUCCUUCUUGUAACAACUGCUCAGGAAAAGGUAAAGAUACUUGCACAAAGUGCAAAGAAGGUCUCCACAGAAAGCCAGAUAAUACUUGCUAAGAUUGCCCAACAGAAAAUUAUUUUAUUUAAGAAGAAUUUUGCAAGAGUUGUGAUGGUUCUUGCUUAAAAUGCACUAACGAGAAAAAUAAUUCUUGUACAGCAUGCUCUCCUGAUAAGUUUUUAUAUGAAAAUGGAACAUGUGGAGAAUGUAAUGAGUUUGGUUAUUUCAAAAAAGAUGGUAAUUGUUUGAAGUGUGUAGAGAACUGCAAAGUCUGUAACGAUUAAAUUUCUUGUGAAGUUUGUCUAGACAAUUUUUUCUUUGAUAAGGAUCUUAAAUGUUCAAUAUGUCCAAACACUAAAUUCUUUAUCAAAGAUAAUAAAUAUUGUUCUAACUGCGAUUCUUCUUGCUUAACUUGCAAAGGUGAAAACAAAACAGAUUGUAUAACUUGUGAAGAAAACUAUGACAAAAUAGAUGGUCUAUGUAUUCCUUGCCCUGUUAUUGGAUAUUUCAAAAAUCAUGAAAAUAAAUGCUUGAAAUGCAAUGACUCAUGCAAAACUUGCUUAGGGGAAACUGAACAUGACUGUGUUGUUUGUGCUGAUGGUAAAAAAUUCAUGGAAGAUAAUACUUGCUAAGAGUGUUAGAAUAUUGGCUAUUUCUUGGGUCCUCUUAACGGAAAAGUUGAAGUUUGUUAAAAAUGUGAUGGUACAUGUUAGACCUGCAAUGGUAAACUUUAAAACUAAUGUUUAUCUUGUUUAGAUGGUAAAUAUCUUUAUGAUGAUAACUCAUGUGGAGAAUGCACAGAAAAUAAAGUCUUUAGAGUAGAUGGUACAAUUAACAAAUGUGAGAAAUGCCAUGAAAAGUGCUUAAAGUGUAAUGGAAAUUAAGAAAGUAAAUGUAUUUAAUGUUCAGAUCCUAAUGAAUAUAUUCAUGAAGAUAAAUUAUGUAAGCCUUGCUUAGUAGAACAAGCACAAUUUAUCUAGGGCUUGAAUUGUUUUAUUUGCCAUGAAACAUGCUAAUAAUGUACUGAUAAAGGUGAAGAUAAGUGCACUGUGUGUAAAGGUGAUCUUAAGAAGUUAGAUGGAAAGUGCUAAGUAUGCCCUACAGUUGGAUAUUUUGUUGAUGGAGACCAAUGCAUUAAAUGUCAUGACUCUUGCAAUACUUGUAAUGGAGCAACAGAAGAUAAGUGCCUUACAUGUAAAAACGACUUUAAAAGAAAUGAACUCACUAAUAAGUGCGAAGAAUGUGAUAUUAACAACAAUUUUUUCACCUAAGAUGAAAUUUGUUAUCCUUGUGAUGCUUCUUGCAAAACUUGCUCAUCUAAAACGGCUGAUUCAUGUAUUAAAUGUGAAGAUAAACUCAGCUUUAAUUCUUUAAAUUUAUGCGUGGAAUGCAAAAUUAGUAAUGGGUUCUACAUAAAUGCAAGCAAUCACUGCCUCCCAUGUUCAAAUAAUUGUUUAGAAUGUAUUGAUAAUACUCAAUGUACAAAAUGCUCAGAUACUUUCUUUUUGAGAAAAGAUAAAACUUGUGGGUUAUGUGAUGCAAAAUAAUUCUAUGAUAGCAGUAAUAAUUGUUAAGACUGCCACUCAGAUUGCUCCGUCUGCACAGGUCCAGACUAAAAUCAAUGCACUAAAUGUGAAAAUGCAUCUCAUUAUAUUCGCUUGGAUUCUAGUAUAUGUGGAGAAUGUGAUAAGAAUUAAUAUGUAGAUUAUGGUACUAAUAAAUGUUAAUCAUGUCAUUUAGAUUGCGCUACUUGUAAUGGACCUUCAGCAACACAAUGUUUAACUUGCUCUGAUUCUUCUGCAUUUAUCUGUAAGCAAUCAGAUUUAGAAUCACUUAAUACUAAAUUCUCAACUACAAAAACUUGUGAAAAAACAUGCUUAAAAUGCCAUAGUGAUUGUUCAACUUGCUUUGGAGAAACAAAGCAAAGUUGCUUAACCUGCUCAGAUAGUCUAGCAACCGUAUAAAAAGAUUUCUCAUGUUCAAGAUGUCCAGAGAGAUAGUUCAUGAAUGUUGAUCAGAAAAAAUGUGAGCCUUGCGGUAAAAAUUGUAUUAAUUGCGAUGACUCUAAAAAUUGUACUUUAUGCGAUGAUAGUUAUACUAACGUAGAAGGUAUUUGUAUUUACUGUGCACCAGGAGAAUAUUAUGAUAAAGUUUUAUAAAGAUGCAAUUAAUGCCAUGAAGAUUGUUAAACAUGCUCUGGGGGUUCAAAUAAGGAUUGUAUAGCAUGUAAAAAAUCAAAUUAUUUCUUUGAUUAGAAUAAUUAGUGUGUAAGCAAAUGCGAGUAAGGUUACAUCAAAAAAGAAUAAAUCAAUAAAUGCGUUUAAUGCUAGUAUAAAAUACAAGAUGGUUAAUAAAUUUGUUUACCUGACUGUCCUGAAGGUGAAACUUGCUCAUUAGUUUGUGGAAGCAACUCAAAAAAGAUAUCUGAUAUAUUAUGUGAGUGUAAUGAAGGAUUUGAAUUCUAGUAAAACUCAUUUGAUACUUGUUAAAUUAAAUGUGGAAAGAACUCUAAAUUUAAAGAUUAAAAUAGCUGUGAAUGUAAUCCUCACUAUGUAUUUAGCAAUGCUUUAAAAACUGAUUGUUAAAUAGAUUGUAAUUUGAACUCUGUACGAGUUGAUGAAAAUACUUGUAAAUGCUAAGAAGGAUUUACAUUUAUUCCUUCUUCCUCUAAUUAAUGCCAAAUUGAUUGUGGAUCUCAUGCAAUAAGAAAAGAUGCAAAUACUUGCGAAUGUGAGAGUCCUAGCUAUGAAUUUUCAGUCCCAUCUAAUAUUAACUGCCAUUUAAUUUGUGGAUUAAAUGCAACUUAAAAAGAUGCUGAUUCUUGUAUUUGUACAAAAGGCUUUAAAUUUAUUGAAGGAUCUAAUACAGCAUGCGAAAUAGAAUGCGGCUAAAAUACAAUUCAUGUUGAUUCUAACACUUGCUAGUGCAAACCUGGUUAUGAAUUCUAAAAAGACUCUCAAACAGAAUGUUAAAUAAUUUGUGGAAAAAAUGCAACUUAAUCUGACUAAAAUACAUGCAAAUGCUUAGAUGGGUAUGAAUUUGAAAAAGGAUCAAACACUCAAUGCCAAAUUAAAUGUGGAUCUCAUGCUAAAUAAAUUGAUCCUGAAAAAUGCGAAUGUGAAAAUGGAUAUUAAUUCAAAGAAAACUCAAAAACUGAAUGUCAAAUAACCUGUGGGGAGAAUGCGAUUAAUGCUGAUUCUGAAAAAUGUAAAUGUAAAAGUGAAGAAUAUAAAUUCGUUGAUGGAUCAAACAAAGAAUGUGAAGUUGUUUGUGGUUUAAAUGCUAAACCAAAAGAUAGAAAUACAUGUUCUUGCAUAGAAAAUUAUGAGCUAAUUCCAGGUUCAAGUGCAAAUUGCUAAUUAAAGUGUGGUGAGAAUUCUAAAAAUGAAAAUCCUAAUAAAUGCUAAUGUAAUCCUGGUUUUAGUUAAGUACAUGGUAGUGAUAUAGACUGUGAGAUAAUUUGUGGAGAAAAUUCUGUUAGAAAGGAUAGAAAUACAUGUUAAUGUUAAGAUGGUUAUUAGUUUUAUUAAGACUCCAAAACAGUUUGCUCAAUAACUUGUGGAGAAAAUGCUGAAAAUGAUGGCAUUAAUAAAUGCAAAUGUAAGGCAGGCUAUGCUAAAGAAUCUGGAAGUGAAAGAGACUGUGAAUUAAUUUGUGGCGAAAACUCAGAGAGAAAUGAUAGAAAUAGCUGUAAAUGUUUAAGUGGUUACCAGUUUUACUAAGAUUCAAAAUCUGUUUGUGCUAUUAAAUGUGGUUAAAAUUCAGAAAAUUCAGGAAUUAACAGCUGUACUUGUAAGUAAGGAUUCUCUUUAAAAGAAAAUUCAAAAGUUGAUUGUGAAAUUAAUUGUGGCUCAAAUGCAGAGAGAGUUGACGAAAAUUCAUGCAAAUGCAAAACAGGAUAUGAAUUUGUAGAGAAUUCAGUGACUUAAUGUUAGAUAAAGUGUGGUAAAAACGCGAAAAACAAAUCUUUUGCUGAAUGUAUGUGCAUUUCUGAUGAAUAUGAAUUUGAAAAUGGUGAUAAAAACUCAUGCUAAAUCAGCUGCAAAGAAAAUUCCACUAAAUAGGAUAUAGAUACCUGCAAAUGCAAUGAUGGAUAUAGUUUUGUUAAAAAUUCAAAAACUUAAUGUUAACUAGAUUGUGGUGCUCACGCUUCAAACAAAGACUUAAAUAGUUGUUAGUGCAAACAAGAUUUUGAUUUUAUUUCAGGCUCUAAAACUGAAUGCGAAAUUUAAUGCAUUCAAUUUUCAUAAAAGAUAGAUUAAAAUACUUGUUCUUGCUUAGAAGGUUACAAAUUUGUUGAAAACUCUAUUAACAAGUGCGAGCUCUCAUGUGGCAAGUUUGCUAAAAAUUCAGGUCCUGAUAAAUGUGAAUGUGAAUAUGGAUUUAAUUAAAUAUCCAAAACAGAGUGCGAAGUUGCUUGCGAAUAAAACUCAGAGAAAGAGUCUCAGCAUUCAUGUAAAUGUCUAGUAGGUUACGAGUUUACAAAAGAAUCUAAAAGAUCAUGCCAAAUAGUUUGUGGAGCAAACUCAAAAGUUUAAGGAUUAGAUAAAUGCUCUUGUCACAAUAACUUCAAAUUAGUAGAAGGAAGUUUAAUUGAAUGCGAAAUUUCAUGUGGACCAAAUGCUAUCUAGCAAGAUAAAAACUCUUGUAAAUGUAUGGAAGGAUUUGAAUUCGUUGAAGACUCUGUAUUUGAAUGUGUUAAGUCAGUAAAAUCUUCAGUAAGUAUUUCUGAUGUUAAAAACUAUGGCUUUUUCUAUGCAAUCAUGUUCACAACUUUAGCCUAAGGCAUACUCCUGUUUGUUGGUUUCAGACUUGACCAACUUGAUUCUUUUAGAGUAAUCCCUAUGCAAAAGGUAAGCUAUCUACACACAUCUGUUCUUUAGAGAACGUAGAAUAACUUAAAAACUGCUUAGAACUUAGACAAUUCUUAAGUCUAAAAAGUGUAAAAUGAAAGCACUUUAGUCGACAUGAACAGAUAUUAAUAAAAUAAUUAAAGCGUUAUACUUUAAGAUGAUCCGAAUAAUGUGUCAAUAUCAGUUAAUCCUAUAGAAGUCUAAUAAUAAAAUACCUUGAUUAACCCUGUUUAACCUUCGCUCCAAUAAAAAUCAAUAAUAGCUCUUGAAAGCCUUGCUUUAUAAAAUUAGAUCACCAAUUUUGAUUUAACAAAGAAAAAAUAAUAUGAAAGUGUACUUGACGAAAUAAAACCAUAAAAGUUAAGCUAAGCCAAGCAUGAGUAGGCAAUUUAGUAUAACUACAGCUUAGCACAAAAGACAGCUACUAACUUAGAUGAAACUUAAACUAGUUAAAAACAAGAUUCUAAUAAACACUCUUUACUCAAAUCUUUUUGUAUAUAUCAUGAAUUGUUUAGUUUAUGCUAAAAAUCUUACUCCUCAUAAAACAGACCUCUUAAGUGUCUAUUGAUUUGGAUGAAGCAAAUCAUUUAAAUGGCAUUAAUUUGUUCAUUUUCUUAAGCUCAUGUUACAUUCGGAAUAGUUGUAGGUUUAAUGGCAUUUAUAAUUUAGCAGAUAUUAGGUUAAAUUCUCUAAAAGUUAAAUUCUUAUAACAAAUUGAUUUGCAGUACUAUCAAAUACAUUAUUAUUUUUGGUAUAGUUGGAGGAUUGUACUAUGUAAUAAUUAAGUCUAUGGUUGACCAAAUAAAUUCAAAACAAGUUAGCCAAAGCAAUUUAAUUGCUCUAACUUACCUAGUUUGCUUUGCUUUUGAUUAAAUUUUCAUUUAAUCAAUAGUUGUUAUAUUUAAACACUUUAAGAAAUCCUAAUAAAUUUAUAAUCUUUCAUAGUUAAAAUGA